AUGCCCCUGCAUGAGCAUCUAUCAGCGGAACGUGUAACAGGAGGAGCAGCAGCAGGAGGAGCACAAGUGGAAAGUGAUGGCGAUCAUGCCAGCUAUCACAGUAGUGACAGCAAAUCUCGGCUCUGUUUACGGCGUUGGCGAUAUAUAAACCUCCUUCUUUCUUGUGGUAUCCUAAUCUUUUUCACCACGAGCUUUCUCCUUUGUCUUCAAGUAGACAACCAGCAACAACAACAACCCAUCUGUAGAAUUUGGUCUCAUCCUAACCGAUACCCAGUGAUUCGAAAUCCACCAUCUCCAUCACCUUCACCGCAUCCAAUGCCUCAGUGCCCUGAUUAUACAGAUUAUGCCAGAGACUUCCAUGAACCUGGUAGUGGUGGUCCAUUGAACCUACCAUUUCAGCGACCUAUCGAAGCAUGUCGCAAGUUUGUUAGUAAUGUCAUCGAUUCGACUAUAGAGACCAUCUCAUCCAAGAUGGCAGACCCCGAUUUGGCACGCCUCUUCACCAACGCUCUUCCCAAUACACUCGACACCACCAUUCAAGCAACCGAAUGCGUCCGUAAUGUCACCCAUUGCGAUACACCCUUGUCAUUUGUUAUUACAGGCGACAUUCACGCCAUGUGGCUGCGCGAUUCAGCAAACCAGUUAUUGCCCUACAUCGACUCUAUCAACCAAGACGUGAACUUGAAGCGACUUUUCCUUGGAUUGAUCCAUAUGCAAGCUCAAUUUGUUCACUUGGCACCCUACGCAAAUGCAUUCAAUGAACCCGUAUCCAUGGGCAACGAUGGGAUGGAAAAAAGGGAAAACUUUAAUGCUGCUCAUACACAUCAAGAGGGUGUCUACGAAUACAAAUGGGAAAUUGAUUCAUUAGCAUCAUUCCUUGGAUUCUCGUAUCGCUAUUGGAAUAUGACCGGUGAUGAUUCUUUUGUGCGAUCCGAUACAUGGGUGGAUGCUGUCAAUGAUGUAUUACACACAAUCCAAGAGCAACAGGAGCCUACAUUUGACCCAAACACUGGUGAACCCAUGACACCCCAUUAUACAUUCACACAAAACACGGAUCGACCCACCGAGACCCAAUUCAACGAAGGCAUUGGUAAUGCUGUACAACGCACAGGACUUGUCAAGAGCUUGUUUCGCCCUUCCGAUGAUGCUACCAUCUUCCCCUUUUUUAUCCCUGGCAACGCACAAAUGUCGGUUGAAUUGGCCCAUAUUUCACAAAUGCUGAGUCAGAUCCAUGGCAACAGCAAGGGUAGUAGUGGUGAUCAACAAGUGGUAUCCAAGCAAGAACAACUGAAAGCCAUUGCUGAUCAAUCGGGACAACUUUCCAAAGAGAUUCGGGAUGCUAUUUACAAGUAUGCCGUGGUGGAUGUGCCUGGAUUCGACAAGGUGUUUGCAUACGAGGUGGAUGGUUAUGGAUCAAGGUUGAUCAUGGAUGAUGCCAAUGUGCCUAGUUUGCUUUCUUUGCCGAUGCUUGGCUUUGUCGAUGCGAGUGAUCCGGUUUACCAAAAUACUCGAAAGCUGGUCUUGUCACGUGCCAAUCCUUAUUACUUUGACGGGCCACGUGGUAGUGGCAUUGGUGGUCCCCAUAUUGGUAUCAAUUAUGCAUGGCCCAUGUCACAAAUUGUCCGAAUCUUGACGUCAUCGGAUGACAACGAGAUCAAGGAAGCGCUUGACAUUAUCCUUCACUCCACGGACAAGACUGGGCUUAUCCAUGAAUCAUUCAACGUGUAUGACAAGAAGGAUCCUGGAAAGGACAUGUAUACUCGAUCAUGGUUUGCAUGGGCCAAUGGCCUAUUUGGACAAGCUAUCCUCAAAAUAGCCAAAGAAAGACCCCAUCUUAUCAUGAAGCAGUAG